AUGAAUUCAUCCAGAAUUUUAUCUCUCUCCUCACAAUUAUCAUAUACGACACUCAAUACACCUGUUAUAUCCCCAAUUACACAAACACCACUCUUAGCAAGAUAUGCCUCGUCAGCACGUGGUCCUAUUCGGCCAGCCAAAGUAACGAAUAAUCCUACCUGGAUCAAGAAACUAAAAUUGAGAUGGAGAAAGAUGGACGAUGACCCAGUCGCUCGUAAACGAUUUGCCAUGGCUGUCAUAGCAUUUUAUAUGAUUACAGGAUUCUUUGGAUUUCAGUAUCUUCAAGAUACCAAAUACCGAGCCACUGGUGAGGCCAACCCUUACAAGCCCAUGGACGGUAGCAGUGCUGAUUCAACUACAAAAGCAGCUGGAACUGAGUCGGCACCUGGGAUUGUCGAGCCUCGUGAUACUACAGAUGUCUACGAGUCACUAGCUAAAGAGUACGACGACAAAAUUUGGCUUGAAGAGCUGACUUCGUACAUCUGGUGGACCCGCCGUCGUCUAAUGCGAGCUGUUGAAGGAGACGCACUUGAAGUCUCGUGUGGAACAGGCCGCAAUAUCAAGUACCUGGACCCCAAAAAAGUCAAUUCAAUCACAUACCUCGACUCGUCUCCAGCUAUGCUCGAAGUGACCAAAGAAAAAUUCGAAAAGCGAUUCCCGAACUAUAAAAACGUGCAAUAUGUGAAAGGACGAGCUGAAGAUCUCGUAGCCAUUGCUGCCAAAUCUGGACAAAAGUUCAACACCAUUUUCGAGUCAUUUGGACUCUGUUCACACGAAGAUCCUGCCAAAGCUCUCCAAAACUUCCGACAACUGUUAAAACCCAACGGACGAAUCGUUCUCCUCGAGCACGGUCGGUCAACCUACGCAUCUGUCAACGAGCGAAUGGACCGUACCGCCGAAAAACGAGCUCAAGAAUGGGGCUGUCGCUGGAACCUCGACAUCGACCACAUCGUCAAAUCCAGCGGUCUCCAAAUCGUCGACGAGGGCCGCUACCAUUUUGGCUCCACCUACUUCUACAUCCUCAAGGCCGCUUAA